AUGCCUCCUGAGCAGGAGACAGAGACACCACCAGAACCGAGCGUUUCAGGGACCAACGGCUCGCAGAGGAAGGGGAGGAGGAGAAGGAAAGGGCUGGAGCUGCUGUGGCACAAGCUCGAUCCAGCAUGGACGUUGGAGAACUCGGGAAGCGUUGCACGCGACCACUUGGCAUCCGAACGGACAUUCCUUGCAUAUGUGCGGACAAGUCUCGCGAUAGCAUCUGCGGGAGUCGCCCUGGUGCAGCUGUUCGCCAUUGCCGGAGCCAGCAACGCUGCACUGGCGAGGUACUCGCGGCCACUCGGUGCAACAAUUGUCAUCAUCGGUCUCUGCGUACUCUUCCUCGGUGUCGCGCGAUACUUCACGGUGCAAUAUGCGCUCGUGAAGGGCAUGUUCCCUGUCGCCCGUGUCAGCAGUGUGCUGGUUGCCCUCGCGCUCUGCGCUAUCAUCACUGCUGUGUUCGGGAUACUAGUUGGGAAUAGAGGCUGA